GGACCGAGUGAUAGUUACAAGCCGCGAAACAUAUCAGCGGCCAUAGUUUUUCGGUCCAAAAACCCAUCGUCAGCCCGAAUUCCACACGCACGCAGCUCACGACGCUUGUACCUAGCCACGCAUCUAACGCAGUGCCAAUCAUCAACAUGGCACGAAGCAGUGGAAUGGCGCGACACUGUAUACUGCUGGCCCUCACGCUGUGCGCAUUUGCAAGUGUCGCCCUCGCCAGGGACCUGUUACAAGCCACGUCCUCGAAUCCCAGCUGGAAGAACCUGUUCCCGCCCUACGGCUGCGACCGCAACCCAAACCAUUCACGCUUCAAGAUCGUCCCCGGCUACAGCGUCCAGGCCGACGGCUCUGUAUGCUUCACCGUCAUGACCCAGACCUGCACCGGCUCCGCCACCUGCUGCAAGGUCAAGACCGCCAACAAGCUGGAGAUCAACGUCAACCCCACCUGCAACCGCGCAAUUCUGACCGCCACUGUAAACGGCCGGCGCACCUUGGCGCCCACCUUUGACGAGUACGGCACCGCGGACCAGCAUGCGCUGUACAAGAUCACCGGCCUCAAUAUCACCAGCGCCAACGCCGACGGCAGCCAGAUAUGCAUCAACUUCAACCCGGCUGGCGCCUGCAAGAGCAUUGAGAGCCUGUGCCCCGAGGGCGACGGCAGCUGUACCCUGGCCAUUGUGCAGACCGACCCCUGCAACUGCUGCCCCGUCAACCCCGUGGGGCUCUUCCCCCCGCCUCCCUCCCCCAGCCCUCCUUCGCCUCCUCCCCCCAGCCCCGCCCCUCCCCCUUCCCCGCCUCCUCCCGACGCCCCUGCCCGCCGCCAGCCCCCUCCUCCCUCGGGCUCCACCCCCUUCCCCUUCUGCCGCUGCAACCGCACCAAGGACAUCAUGCCCUUCCGUCUGGCCGACCAGGCCCCUACCGUCAAGAAGAUCGGCCCCAACAACGCCUACUGCUUCAAGCUGCUGACGGGCCCCUGCGCCGAGCCGGGCUCCUUCUGCUGCCAACAGGACCUGCGCAAGAUUGAGUUCUGGGCCAGCGACAACUGCCGCUCCUCGGUCCGCCAGACCUACCUGGACUCUGUGCCGGUGUCGUUCUCGUGGUCCACUAGCAAGCAGGGCACCACCUUCAAGCUGCCCAACCUGGCCAUCAAGUCAUCCGACGUGCCCGCCCAGGGCCGCGAGGUCUGCAUCGAGCUGGUGGCUAGCUCCAAGUGCCCCACCCUGCAGACCUUCUGCCACUACCACCCUCGCGCGCCCGGCUGCGUCUACUCGGUCUUCUCCAACGACGCCAAGCAGGCGUGCUGCCCCAGCACCAGCUUCCCCAGCGUAUAAGCAGCAGUUCCUAGCAGGCUGCGUAAAUUUUGUACCAGGUAGAACAGACACUACCUGUCGAACGUCAAUGCUGUUGUGAAUGGUUGGUAGGAGUGAGUGAAGUACUGAGGGUGCGGUAGAAGAAGUAUUGUGGAUGGGCAUGUGGUGUGGUGGGCGCAGGGUGACACCCCGUACUGCGUAUUAAUGAAGGGUAGCAUACGCUGGUUGUGCGGACGGUAUUUUAGCUCCUGUUAGAGCCGACGUCCCUGGCAGUGAUUCAUAGAUUGCUUGUCGGCAAACCCCCUAGCUUUCGCACGGCCAGACUGCAGCGCUCAAAGCGCAAUAACGUACGGACACGCUGACCUGCCCACCUCCAUACCAAUGAGGCAUAGGCUACGGUGUUAUCCAUUCGAAACUGUAACAAUCUGUCACC